GCGGAGCGGCGGCGCGACGCCGGUGGGAUUCUCCAAGCCGCUGUGCGCCGUCGCCGCGGGCCGAGCGCGGGCUGCGGGCGAGCAGGGCGCUGCGCAGUCUCCGCAGGCGCGGGCGGGAGGGGUCGGGGCGCGGCGCGGUGCGGCGCGGGCGGCUCCGGGCCCAGGUGAAUGGAGUAACCUGACAGCGGGAACGAGACGACGGCGAGCGGCAGGAAAUGGCGGCGGCGGCGGCGGCGCCGGGCGGCACCGGGAGGCCUGGGCUGUGACGCGCGCGCCGGAGCGGGGUCCGAUGGUUCUGGAAGGCCCGCGGCGCCCAGUGCUGCAGUAAGCUGUGCUAGAACAAAAUGCAAUGAAAGAAACACUGGAUGAUUGAAAAGCCCUGCUUUGCAGCCCCUCAGCAUGGCAGGCCUGCAGCUCAUGACCCCUGCUUCCUCACCAAUGGGUCCUUUCUUUGGACUGCCAUGGCAACAAGAAGCAAUUCAUGAUAACAUUUAUACGCCAAGAAAAUACCAGGUUGAGCUGCUGGAAGCAGCUCUGGACCAUAACACAAUUGUGUGCUUGAACACUGGCUCAGGGAAGACGUUCAUCGCGGUCCUGCUCACCAAAGAGCUGGCCCAUCAGAUCAGGGGCGACCUCAACCCGCAUGCAAAAAGGACCGUGUUCCUCGUCAACUCUGCAAACCAGGUUGCUCAACAAGUGUCAGCCGUCAGAACUCACUCGGAUCUCAAGGUUGGAGAGUACUCAGACCUAGAAGUAAAUGCAUCUUGGACAAAAGAGAGAUGGAGCCAAGAGUUUACUAAGCACCAGGUUCUCAUUAUGACUUGCUAUGUCGCCUUGACUGUUUUGAAAAAUGGUUACUUAUCACUGUCAGACAUUAACCUUUUGGUGUUUGAUGAGUGUCAUCUUGCGAUUCUAGACCACCCCUAUCGUGAAAUUAUGAAGCUCUGUGAGAGUUGUCCAUCAUGCCCUCGAAUUUUGGGACUAACUGCUUCCAUUUUAAAUGGGAAAUGUGAUCCAGAGGAAUUGGAAGAGAAGAUUCAGAAACUGGAGCGAAUUCUCAGGAGUGACGCUGAGACGGCGACUGACUUGGUGGUCCUGGACAGAUACACUUCUCAGCCUUGUGAGAUUGUGGUAGACUGUGGACCGUUUACUGACAGAAGUGGGCUGUAUGAGAGAUUGCUGAUGGAGUUAGAAGCAGCACUUGAUUUUAUCAAUGAUUGUAAUGUAGCUGUACAUUCAAAGGAAAGAGAUUCUACUUUGAUUUCCAAACAAAUCCUCUCAGACUGCCGUGCAGUGUUGGUUGUUCUGGGACCCUGGUGUGCAGAUAAAGUAGCUGGGAUGAUGGUAAGAGAACUUCAGAAGUACAUCAAACAUGAGCAAGAGGAGCUACACAGGAAGUUCCUAUUGUUUACAGACACCUUGUUAAGGAAAAUACACGCCCUGUGUGAAGAGUACUUCUCACCUGCCUCACUUGACCUGAAGUAUGUAACUCCCAAAGUCAUGAAACUGCUCGAGAUCCUGCGCAAAUACAAGCCCUAUGAGCGACAGCAGUUUGAAAGUGUUGAGUGGUACAAUAACAGGAAUCAGGAUAAUUACGUGUCCUGGAGUGAUUCCGAGGAUGACGAUGAUGACGAAGAAAUUGAAGAAAAAGAAAAGCCAGAGACAAAUUUUCCUUCUCCGUUUACCAAUAUUUUAUGUGGGAUUAUUUUUGUGGAAAGAAGAUACACAGCAGUUGUCCUAAACAGAUUGAUAAAGGAAGCUGGCAAACAAGAUCCAGAGCUGGCUUAUAUCAGCAGCAACUUUAUAACUGGACACGGCAUUGGAAAGAACCAGCCUCGCAGCAAACAGAUGGAGGCGGAGUUCAGAAAGCAGGAGGAGGUACUUAGGAAAUUUCGAGCUCAUGAGACCAACCUGCUCAUUGCAACAAGUGUUGUAGAAGAGGGUGUGGAUAUUCCCAAGUGCAAUUUGGUGGUUCGUUUUGAUUUGCCUACAGAGUAUCGAUCAUAUGUCCAGUCUAAAGGACGGGCACGAGCGCCGAUCUCUAAUUACGUAAUGUUAGCAGAUACAGACAAGAUAAAGAGCUUUGAAGAAGACCUCAAGACCUACAAAGCUAUUGAAAAGAUCUUAAGGAACAAGUGUUCGAAGUCAGCGGAUGGUGCUGAGGCGGACGUCCAUGCUGGUGUAGAUGAUGAGGAUGCUUUCCCGCCAUAUGUGCUGAGGCCUGAUGAUGGGGGUCCUCGAGUCACAAUCAACACUGCCAUUGGACACAUCAACAGAUAUUGUGCUCGAUUACCAAGUGAUCCGUUUACGCAUCUAGCUCCCAAAUGUAGAACCCGAGAAUUGCCUGAUGGUACAUUUUAUUCAACUCUUUAUCUUCCGAUUAACUCACCUCUUCGAGCCUCCAUUGUUGGUCCACCGAUGGACAGUGUACGGUUGGCUGAAAGAGUGGUAGCUCUCAUUUGCUGUGAAAAACUGCACAAAAUUGGUGAACUGGAUGAACACUUGAUGCCAGUUGGGAAAGAGACUGUUAAAUAUGAAGAAGAGCUGGACUUACAUGACGAGGAGGAGACCAGUGUUCCCGGGAGACCAGGGUCCACAAAACGACGGCAGUGCUACCCCAAAGCAAUUCCAGAGUGCUUGAGGGAGAGUUACCCCAAACCCGACCAGCCUUGUUACCUGUAUGUGAUAGGAAUGGUCUUAACUACCCCCCUCCCUGAUGAACUCAACUUCAGGCGGCGGAAGCUCUACCCACCUGAGGACACCACAAGAUGCUUUGGGAUCCUGACAGCCAAACCCAUACCUCAGAUUCCUCACUUUCCUGUGUAUACACGCUCUGGAGAGGUCACCAUAUCCAUCGAGCUGAAGAAGUCUGGUUUCACAUUGUCUCAACAAAUGCUCGAGCUGAUUACAAGAUUGCACCAGUACAUAUUCUCACAUAUUCUCCGGCUUGAGAAGCCUGCCCUGGAGUUUAAACCUACAGGCGCGGAGUCAGCCUACUGUGUUCUACCUCUUAAUGUUGUUAAUGACUCCGGCACUUUGGACAUUGACUUUAAAUUCAUGGAGGAUAUUGAGAAGUCGGAAGCUCGGAUAGGCAUUCCUAGCACCAAGUAUUCAAAGGAAACACCGUUUGUCUUUAAGUUAGAAGAUUACCAAGAUGCAGUGAUCAUUCCAAGAUACCGCAAUUUUGAUCAGCCUCAUCGAUUUUAUGUAGCUGAUGUAUAUACGGAUCUUACCCCACUCAGUAAAUUUCCUUCCCCUGAAUAUGAAACUUUUGCAGAAUAUUAUAAAACAAAGUAUAACCUUGACCUGACCAAUCUCAACCAGCCACUGCUGGAUGUUGACCACACAUCUUCCAGACUGAACCUUUUGACACCUCGGCAUUUGAAUCAGAAGGGGAAAGCACUUCCUCUAAGCAGUGCUGAGAAGAGGAAGGCCAAAUGGGAAAGUCUGCAGAACAAACAGAUCCUGGUUCCGGAACUCUGUGCUAUACAUCCAAUCCCAGCAUCACUGUGGAGAAAAGCGGUUUGUCUCCCCAGCAUACUGUAUCGCCUUCACUGCCUUCUGACUGCAGAGGAACUAAGAGCUCAGACAGCCAGCGAUGCUGGUGUGGGUGUCAGAUCACUUCCCGUGGAUUUUAGAUACCCUAACUUAGACUUCGGGUGGAAAAAAUCUAUUGAUAGCAAGUCUUUCAUCUCAAGCUGUAACUCCUCGUUGGCUGAGAGUGAUAAUUACUGUAAGCACAGCACAACUGUAGUCCCUGAACAUGCUGCACAUCAAGGUGCUACUAGACCCUCCUUAGAAAACCAUGACCAAAUGUCUGUGAACUGCAAAAGGUUGCCCGCUGAGUCACCUGCUAAGCUCCAAAGUGAGGUUUCAACGGAUCUUACAGCAAUUAAUGGUCUUUCUUACAAUAAAAACCUUGCCAAUGGCAGUUAUGAUUUAGUUAACAGAGACUUUUGCCAAGGAAAUCAGCUGAAUUACUUCAAGCAGGAAAUACCUGUACAACCAACUACCUCAUAUCCCAUUCAGAAUUUGUACAAUUAUGAGAACCAGCCCAAGCCCAGCAAUGAAUGUCCUCUACUGAGUAAUACGUACCUUGAUGGGAACGCUAACACAUCUACCUCAGAUGGAAGCCCCGCGGUGUCCACGAUGCCUGCCAUGAUGAAUGCUGUUAAAGCACUCAAGGACAGGAUGGACUCUGAGCAGAGCCCUUCUGUUGGGUACUCCUCAAGGACUCUUGGCCCCAAUCCGGGACUGAUUCUCCAGGCUUUGACACUGUCAAAUGCCAGUGAUGGGUUUAACCUGGAGCGGCUUGAGAUGCUUGGCGACUCCUUUUUAAAGCAUGCUAUCACCACAUAUCUGUUUUGCACGUACCCUGAUGCUCAUGAAGGCCGCCUUUCAUAUAUGAGAAGCAAAAAGGUCAGCAACUGUAACCUGUAUCGCCUUGGCAAGAAGAAGGGACUGCCCAGCCGCAUGGUGGUGUCGAUAUUCGAUCCUCCUGUGAAUUGGCUUCCUCCUGGUUAUGUGGUAAACCAAGACAAAAGUAACUCAGAGAAGUGGGAAAAGGAUGAAAUGACAAAAGACUGCUUGCUGGCUAAUGGCAAACUGGGUGAGGCCUGUGAGGAGGAGGAGGACCUGACGUGGAGGGCCCCCAAGGAGGAGGCCGAGGAUGAGGACGACUUCCUGGAGUAUGACCAGGAGCAUAUCCAGUUUAUAGACAGCAUGCUCAUGGGCUCGGGCGCCUUCGUGAGGAAAAUCUCUCUGUCGCCCUUCUCAGCCUCCGACUCUGCAUACGAAUGGAAGAUGCCCAAGAAGGCCUCCUUGGGCAGUAUGCCGUUUGCCUCGGGCCUUGAGGAUUUUGAUUACAGCUCUUGGGAUGCGAUGUGCUAUCUGGAUCCUAGCAAAGCCGUUGAAGAGGAUGACUUUGUGGUAGGUUUCUGGAAUCCAUCAGAAGAGAACUGUGGCGUCGACACAGGGAAGCAGUCCAUUUCUUACGACUUGCACACGGAGCAGUGCAUUGCUGACAAGAGCAUAGCGGACUGUGUGGAGGCCCUGCUGGGCUGCUACUUAACCAGCUGCGGCGAGAGGGCUGCUCAGCUCUUCCUCUGUUCGCUGGGGCUGAAGGUGCUCCCAGUAAUCAAAAGGACCAGCCGGGAGAAGGCCUUGGACCCUGCUCAGGAGAACGGAAGCAGCCAACAAAAGAGCCUUUCAGGGAGCUGUGCCUCUCCAGUUGGCCCACGCUCCUCUGCAGGGAAAGACUUGGAGUACGGCUGCCUGAAGAUCCCACCGAGGUGCAUGUUUGACCAUCCAGACGCAGAGAAAACCCUCAACCACCUGAUAUCUGGGUUUGAAACUUUUGAGAAGAAAAUUAACUAUAGAUUCAAGAAUAAGGCUUAUCUUCUGCAGGCUUUUACACACGCCUCCUACCACUACAACACUAUCACUGAUUGUUACCAGCGCUUAGAAUUCCUGGGAGAUGCGAUUUUGGACUACCUCAUAACCAAGCACCUUUAUGAAGACCCACGGCAGCAUUCUCCAGGGGUCUUGACUGACUUGCGCUCUGCCCUUGUCAAUAACACCAUCUUUGCAUCAUUGGCUGUGAAGUAUGACUACCACAAGUACUUUAAAGCUGUCUCUCCUGAGCUCUUUCAUGUUAUUGAUGACUUUGUGAAGUUUCAGCUUGAGAAGAACGAAAUGCAAGGAAUGGACUCUGAGCUUAGGAGAUCCGAGGAGGAUGAGGAGAAAGAAGAGGAUAUCGAAGUCCCCAAGGCCAUGGGGGACAUUUUUGAGUCUCUUGCUGGUGCCAUUUAUAUGGACAGUGGGAUGUCUCUGGAGGUGGUCUGGCAGGUGUACUAUCCGAUGAUGCAGCCUCUAAUAGAAAAGUUUUCUGCAAAUGUGCCUCGUUCUCCAGUGAGAGAAUUGCUCGAGAUGGAACCAGAAACUGCCAAGUUUAGCCCAGCGGAGAGAACUUAUGAUGGAAAGGUCAGAGUCACCGUGGAAGUGGUGGGAAAGGGGAAAUUUAAAGGUGUUGGCCGGAGCUACAGGAUCGCCAAGUCUGCUGCAGCACGAAGGGCCCUCCGCAGCCUCAAAGCUAACCAGCCUCAGGUUCCUAACAGCUGAAGCUUCCGGACUCACAGGCGGCAAGACAGCGGACCAGAACCACAGCUCCACGGCACAAGGAUGGUUCGGGCUGACACAGAACAGGAAAACUGAAGGCAGAAUUUAAAGUUUGAUAAUGAGAUAGAUAACAGAAUAAAACAUGUAAUAUGUGUAUAAACUCUUUGGAACUAAUUUUGGUUUAGUUUUUGCGCAGACACAAUCUUGUCUUCUUUACCCACCCUGCUUUGCUUAGUCACAGGAGUGCUUUAAUCCUGGUGUUUGUUAGCAAGGUUUUAAAAUCAUUUUGACAGGUUUUUGGUUUUGUUUGUUUUGACAUUUAAUUUCUGUCGACUUUGCUUGGUGUUAGAGGCCAUGGAGCUUAACCUCUAACAGUCCCUAGAACUGGGUCGUCCUGACCUUGCGGUCCCUUACACUAUACCUGUCCUGCUGCGGUGUCAAGCCCAACAAAAAGGGCAGAGUGUGCAAAGGAAGCCCCCGUGCUGUGGAGGGCAGUGGAGGCGGGGCCGGGCGGACCCCGGGUACUAUUGCACGGAAUAGUAAGGGACAGAUUUUGAGUCCGUGUUGGCUGCUGGUGAGUGGAGGCCAGGCUUUCAGACGCCACAUUGUGCUGCAGAGAGGAUUCUUGCCUUAAAAGGAAGGACUUGAUAGUUUGCUUUUUUAUUUUGCCUUCCCCUUAUUAUGCAUUGGAUGAAAUGGGGUGGCAGCUCACUAGGGCACUUGCAAUGGAACUAUUGCAGGUAGGAUUUCUGUUGUUUGUACUGAAGACAUUCUAAAACCCAGAGUGAGUAUAUAGAUUUUUAAAGCAUCAUUAUAGACAGGAUACAUGACUAGAUGCCCGGUUUUCCUCAGAACUUCCUGCCAGGUGGUCCCAGUGGCGGAAAUGCCCGGUCAGCUGCUGUUCUGACGAAAUGAGCCUGAGAUGCAGUGUACCUAGACACGCCACAGGUCUGUACUAGGCAGUGUUGCCAGAGUCACCAAAGCUGUGCUCUCUUUCCUAUGGGGUCAGCAUUGUGGCAGACUGCCAGGACCAACCCGUCUGGGGUAGAAGUCACCAGUUUAGAUAAACUAGGUCAUUAGUUCAUCUCAGACUCAGAAAGUAAAGCUGUUUAGGCAUUUGCUGAAGGUCUCGCCUGGGCUUGUGGGCCCCUCUUCACUUACACACCUCAGUCCCUCCCUUUGCCUGCAUUUUCCCGUUGGUGCUACGUUUAUGUAUCAUGCUUGAAGUUUAAUUUUUUGCACUGUGACUAUAAUACCUCUUAAUUUACAUUUAAAAAUGCUGUAUGGGUUGCCCGUGCCCUCCCACCGACACACAGGAGAGCUUUGCUGCAAUUUGCCCUCUUACGCUUGAAGUCUCAGCAGGCUGAGCCAGGGUAGCUCGCGUUCCCCACACAUCUCCUGAGGCUGAUGCUUCAUGUAAUGCUGCACUUAGGUUCAAGUCACCCGCCCGAGAGAGAGAGAGAGAGAGAGAGAGAGAGAGAGAGAGAGAGAGAGAUGCUGUGUGUGUGCAAGCAAGCACUCGGGCUGUCAGGAACCCCAUGGGGAGGGAGAGUGAGCGUCCCCAAGGAUCACGUGCUGUUGCUGUUGCCCAUCUGCAAAGCAGGAUCUGAGUUAUUGUUUGGUGAAAUUAAUUUGGCUGACUCAUCUUAAGUAUUUAAUUCUAACGUGCGAUUGUAGUUGUCUGUUUGACUUAGAACAUCCCUCUCCCCCAUGCGCGCGCACACACACACACAAACCUUAAUGCAAGACAUCCUAGCAUGUGCAAACCAGGUGAUCUUUUGAAUGUUGUAGCUAUAAUUUGUAUAGUCAGAUAGUAAGGUGGGGUGGGAUUGUGGGAGGUGGAGUUUGUUGUCUUAUCACAGUCCUUGGGGAUUUAUAAACUACCUGAUUCUCUGCAUUGUGAUUCGUGCAUUUAUGUCCUGGGAUGGAUGCUCUGGCAUCCUGGCACCAAAAGCAGAUGGUUUCACACUUGGAUUCCUGGUGGAAGAAGAAAAUGCCUCAGUAUAUUUUGUAACAUAAGGAGAGUAUUUUUUGUUAAUAUUGAAAAGUUCAGAAUUGGAUAUGCUUCGUUCAUCCAUUCUCAGGGCUCAAAUGUUUUGCCACUAUUCAGAAUGUUGUAUCAAUAGCAAACUUGGGCUGUUUUUCUUUUUCUUUCUUCCUUCUUUUUUUGAUUGCUGUUAGAUAAAAGUACCUGAUAACUAGUUUGAAUCAUACUGUGAUUUACCCAGAGACCAAGUCCGAAAAAUCAAAAGUAUGAGUUAGACGCGCGAUCAGGAGUGCGUUUGUUUGUGUUGGGGGUUGUCCCCAGGUUCGCUGGUUGAAAGACUUUGCAUUUUAGAGAAAAAGUUGUUCUGCCCCCUCCCUCGAUGACUCCAUGAGCCUCCUCCACUGGUGUAGCAGGAGGAGGAGGAGGAGACAGCCAGCGCCCAUGAGGAGGAAGCAGCUGCACAGAUCCUGUGGCUGCAUGCGAGCUCGGCGGGCACUGCACUGUUGGGCCGUCCCCUGUGGCCCUUUUGCAAUCCCAGGCAGGCAGAGUGAGUGAGGCCCUGUCCUCUGUUGGGUUGUGUCUGUGUGGCACAGGCUGGGCAGUGCUCCGGCACUCACGCUUAACCCAGAGGGGAGGCCAUGCUUGGGCCUCACCGCGGUUCCGACUUGAGAACAUUCUGGGAUGCCUGCAGCUUGUCACACAAUUGCACAUUUGAACUGUUAUUAUUUUUGUCUGUGACAUUUUCUUUUAUCUGUAAAGUUGAAAGCAUGGCAGAGAUUUGUUGACUGAACACUUAAUUAUGCUUUUUAAAUGUUUUGGUUACGUUUCUUCUUUUUUUCGUUCAUAUUAUGUGAAAUGAUUAAAUUUAGAAUAACCUCUAACACUCCUAUAAUUAUCGUUUAAAAUACCGAUGUUUUUAUUUUCUCGACAGUAGUCCGUCCUCAGAAAGAUGCAGACACCCUGUGUAAUUAGCAGGGACUUGAGGCUGCUUCGGUUCUGCCGCUCAGUUCCCGUGUACAGUCACCAGCAGCCACCAGACAGUGGCUGAGAGCGUGGAGGGAGACCAGUCAAAAACCCACAACCACCCGCUUUGCUCGUGGGGCCUGUUGAUUUAAAACUACUCCUUGCUCGGUGAAGGCACCUAGUCCUCCUGCACAAACUUAACUGCUGGCAAUCCGAGGCCUUGCACCUUUAUUUCACAGACCCUGAGCUGAGCCUACAGCCGCAUCCUUAGCCACCUCGGGCUCUGUGUGUCUCCUCUGUGCUUAACAACGCCCAAGAACCCAUAGCUUCCCAUCUGCUGAUUGCUUCUCUGGAAUUUAAUUAUUUCUCAAUAAAUUCUGUAUUUUAUAUUGUACGUGAGACAUUUUAAAGAUAUGUUUGAGACCAAGGAUAGUUAAAAUGACUGUAAAGGUAGUGUGUCUGCCAUGGAGACGGAGUGCUGUCCACUGGCAGGGAAAAUGAUCACCUCAAACUAAUUUGCAGUUAUUAUUUGACUCAUUAUUUUCUUGUCUGUCUUUCUUUGAUAAACAACCACAGACAGUUUAAAUGUCAUACAUGGCCUCAGAAUUUGCCUUGGCUGCUGGUUCCAUAGCAGAAGCACUGAGGUGAAGGGAAGAACAUAUCUGCCUUUUGUGCUGUAAAUAAAGGGAAAUGACUAACGGAGUCAGGCUGAGUGUUCUGCCGACAAGAAACGGAAUCACAUCACACUCUGCAGCCUUCUAAAGAAACCUGUAUCCAUGCACACAGCUAUCACUGCAGAGCUGUGCCAGCACCUAUGGACCACAGUUACCUUUAGCUUUUCCGUUUUGUUUUGUUUUUCUUUUUCUUUUUAAUAAUUGUAGUCAAUAAAGUUAUUGUCUGUUCA